GGAAAAUAACAACGUACACUAACUUCCGCUUCCGGUGUAGCCGAGGCGUUGACGUCAAGGGGGCGUGUCUUGAGAAAGGACAGCAAGGACUCCAACAUGGGAGAAAGCUUCCAUGAUCAGCUGACGGAAGAUGGCGCCUUCCUCAGGUCUGAGAGGAGACUGGACACAGAAUUGGUGGACAAAAUCAUCCUGCAGCUCAACAGAAUCUACCCUCAAAUACUCACAGACAAGGAGGCCAAGAAGUUCCGAAACCUAGACGUGCCUACGUGUGUCCGCCUGGGCGACCUCCUGAUGCACCUGCAGGGGAAAGGCGAGGAAGCGUGCAGGGAAUUUUACCGGGCACUUCACCUGCAUGUAGAGGAUGUGUACUACAGCUUACCUACACGCCUGCGCCUCAGAGAUUCUGCUGAUCCCCUCACAUAUCCUACAAGCGCCUACAAACAGAGACAAGUUAUGAAUGAUAAAGGCCCCCUCUUCUUCCUAGGCUGUUUCAGUAUUACAGUUGGAAUGGCAUUAGUCUAUUAUUAUGGUGAAGCCAAGAUGGCGGGAGGCAGCCGGGCCCUUGGCAUGGCAGCUCUGGGUUUGACGCAAAAAGCCCGUGAAGUUCUUAUAUGGUACACCGAAGAAAGCCUUAUCAAGUAAGAAUUGACUGAUCCUCAGCGGCCAUAAGGAUUCAACAAAAAACUAUCUGUACCAAAGCACAGCACCACACUUUGCCUUGUCAAAUAUGUAAUACUUUUUUAUUUAUUUAUUAGGAUUUUGGGGGUCCAAUACAAUGAUGAUGGGGCACAUUUGGGUCCACACUUGCUCAUAAUUGAUAGAUUUUUAUUGAAUUUAAGGGAAGUCAACUAUUUAAAUGAACAGGGAAGUAUAAGAUACUUAGCAGACUCUGCUUAUAAUAUUAAUAACAUUUUGGCAACUGUCACUAUGCAGUAUAUAGAAUUGUGUUCGUUUUAAUUUAAUGGAAAAUCCUAAAGCAAAUAUUGCAACUAAACGUUUUUAAUUAAGAACAUUUCCAACGUAUUUUGGCAUGCUGAGAAAAAAUAAACAGCCAAGCAAAGCGGAGUACAAAAAAAAUUGGAAGAAUGUCGCCCUCGUGUGGUAUGAAUAGAGUACUUGCACAAAGCUAGUCUGUAAAAGGCAGCGUAAAAGCGCCCAAUGACGUCCUUAAAAAGUGCUCAGUUUUACAGAAAGAUACAAUUUUUAAAAAAAAAAGGAGACUGUAUGUUUUGACUUUAAAAGCAACUACUUUGUGACUAGUGAGGGCAGGCGUUAUGUCACCGCUUCAGAGUAAACAUUUUACUCAAGAGGAAACGUGGUUACGAAGGCAGUCACUUGACUGGCGCAGCAGCCAAUCGUUUCUGUGUCUGCCACGCAGUGCCUUAUGGGUGGCGGGUCGAUGCUUUAAGAAUGUCGUAAAAUACCGACAUAGCCUAUUAAAUACUACACCUACACCAAGUAAACGUUUUACUGUGAUCAGAUAAUCAACAAUGUCGUAAUAUUAAAUUAUAGAAAGCAAACUAAAUAAAAUGGCUAGCACCGUGGGUCAAGAUGCUUCCCGGGGGUACCAUUUUAAGUACGCGAGUUUUCCUUUUUAUUUAGUUGUGUUGUAUGAAAGGAGAGAAGGUUAGCACUCCCCUUGACAAGGAUGGAAAUGGCCCCUGUGGCCUGCAACACAUAUAUGGUUAAGGCAUUGCUACCUACUUCGUGGCAUCUCUAACCAAGUUUUUUAAGAUUAAUUUUCCACAUUACUUUUACUUUUCGCUGCUUAUGCCCUCUCCUACUUGAGGAAAACAUAUUGCUAUUCAACAUACAGAAUUGAGAGCUUCUGUCAGAUUUUUUGCACAUAUUUAGUCCACACAAUCUAAACAAAAAUGGUUAUAUUUUUAAAUGUUUAUAAAUUGCACCCUUGUUGUGAAACUUUUCUAUUCUAAAGCAGGCCUAUUUGCGCAUUUGUGCCUUUUGCAAACUAUAUAUUUGUAUUUUUUGUUGUAAUAUCAGUCAGUUUGAAAGUAAUCUAAUUCAAGGGCCUUAUGACAAAACAUGUGUACUACCAUAAAUGAUCCAACUAUAGCGCUUUGAUGUUUAUUUACUGAAACUACAAAGAGGAUGCAUUAUCAAUCCUACCAUGAAGACAAAACAUUUAAAUCAACUUUAUUUGAAUAUAACAACUUGAAGAACAGGGCAGUACGGCGCGCCAGGGGUUAGUGCAUGUGCCUCACAAUACGAAGGUCCUUAGUUCUGGGUUCAAUCCCAAGCACGGGAUCUUUCUGUGUGGAGUUUCCAUGUUCUCCUCGUGACUGCAUGGGUUCCCUCCGGGUACUCCGGCUUCCUCGAAUGUGGUCUGUCUAUCUGUGUUGGCCCCGCGAUGAGGUGGCGACUUGUCCGCGGUGUACACCACCUUCCACCUGAAUGCAGCUGAGAUAGGCUCCAGCACUCACUGGGACCCCAAACGGGACGAGCGGUUGAAAAUGGAUGGAUGUAGGGAUGGAACUUGAAGAAUAAUAAUAGUGUUCGCAUAGUGCAGCUGACGUCAUGGUGUAAUUGUUUAUAAAUCUACAUAAAUUACAUAACAUUUUAAAGCACAAGCAGAGCUAAAUACAUAUGCUGAAUGUGCAAACUGUAUAGUGGUUAACUGCUAGCCGUUAAUUGGAGCAUACAGUACAUCAUGAAGACACGGUGCCUUAGGAACAUGUUGAUUUCAUGUAUUUCUUCUUAUUGUGCAGUUACAGUAUGUGUUCAUAUUUAAUCUUCCUGUGCCUGAAUUUUCCUUGCUCUGAUGUGAAGAUGCCUUCAGUAUAGACAAAGUGCAUCUAGGCAAGGCAAGUUAAUUUAGAGAGCACAAUUUGUUCAAAGUGCUGUAUCAUAAUAAUAAACAUCAUCACAACACUCAA